GCUCCAGCCGGAGGACCAAUCCUCCUCAUCCCGACCGACCGCGGUAGCAAAGCAGCAAUUGACGCCGCCCCGCCUCCUCCGCGGCCGCCUCGCCCCGCCGCCGCCGCGCCCGAUCGCAAGCCUCCACCUCGCCCUCCGCUUGCUGCCGGUCUUCCAUCCACCUUCUGCGCGAGGAAUCGGCGGCGGCGUCGCCGUCGCUGCCCGCCAUGGAGGCGUACAAGCUCUGGGUACGCAGGAACCGGGACCUCGUCCACUCCCUCGAGUCCCUCGCCAACGGGCUCACUUGGAUACUACCUGAGCGCUUUGCCAACUCAGAGAUCGCGCCAGAAGCAGUAUAUUCGCUAUUGGGUAUUGUGAGUUCUGUCAACCAGCACAUAAUUGAUGCGCCCACCGAAAACCACUCAUUUGCCUCAAAGGAGCAAUCUAUCCCAUGGGGUCUUGUUGUCUCUGUACUAAAGGAUGUAGAGGCAGUUGUUGAGGUUGCUGCUCAGCACUUUGUUGGUGAUGAUCGCAAGUGGAGCUUCCUUGCUGUUACAGAAGCAGUGAAAGCAGGUGUCAGGUUAGCCGCUUUCCGGGAGAGUGGAUACAAGAUGCUCUUACAAGGAGGGGAGGUGGCAAAUGAAGAAGAGGUGACCGUUCUUGAAGAUAAUUAUGGAGUAAAUGGUAAUGGAGUUCCAGUCAUCUAUCCAAUGAAUGGGCAUUCCCAAAAUGGUCACAAAGCUGUGACCAAUGGUCUCGAUGGAAAAAAUGAAUUUGUAUCUAAGAGUCUUGAGAGAAGAGCAGUAGCUGCUUUGAACAAGUUUGGUGAGAAUGCAAAGAUGAUGUCUGAUCCUAUGUGGCUGAGGAGGCUCCAACCUGCGCCCGAGCCAACUGUCUCAGUUGUUGAGAAGCCAACUUUGGCAAGUAUUUGGUCUGCUAAAGGGGGUACUGGGUGCUUAUUUGUCUUAGGGGAGGUUGUUCACAUAUUCAGGCCACUUGUUUAUGUACUUCUGAUCAGAAAGUUUGGAAUCAGAUCAUGGACCCCCUGGUUAGUGUCGCUAGCUGUGGAACUGACAAGUCUUGGCCUCCAUUCACAUGCAACUGAUCUAAAUCAUAGAGGAGGGAAAGUGCAUCAUCUCUCCACAGCUGAGAGGGAUGAGUUGAAAAGGAGAAAGAUGAUGUGGGCCCUUUAUGUGAUGAGGGAUCCUUUCUUUGCUGGUUAUACCAAGCGUCAUCUCCAGAAGGCUGAACAGGUGCUGAAUCCGGUGCCAUUGAUUGGUUUCCUUACAGGUAAACUUGUAGAGCUACUGGAAGGGGUUCAGACAAGAUAUACAUACACGUCAGGUUCAUAGAGAUGGCUUAGUUCAUGGUUUGGAGGACCUUCAUGCUACACGAGUUGGUUGAUGGGUUAUGUUAUACUGGCCGAGAACUUGUGCCCAGACCUGUAGUACCGCUUCCUUGGCAGAUGUGGCAUUGUUGUCUUACGACUUAUGAGGCUGUUAAGCUGCGGCCUAAACUUUCAUCCAUGGUGGGAGAUGAGAACUAAGUAUCUGAGUAUAGAAUUCUAAUGCGAAUGUAAUGCUAAGAACCGGCACGUGCCUCUGCAACGCAUCAUGCACGAUUUACUGGAAAAGAAUCUUGAUUAUAAUUAUAUGUUUCUUCUUUAAUUAUGAAAUUACGAAA